CCAUUCCAAGUCGCCAAUCUUGACUUUCAACCCUGUUCCUGAAAAUUCUGCAACCGAGACGGCAGAGAGAGGCAGGUGACUGAUCAGGUGAACGUCCUGGCCGCGGCGUUCCGUCCCCGGCCGGUCACCGUCGAUGGCUUCCCGGCGUGCACUUGUGCUCCUCGCCGUCGUCGCCUCGCUGUGCCGCGCGGCGGUUGGUCAGCGUGCCAAGCCCCUGCUGCCGGGCGGGCCUAGCUGCUCGACCGCUGAUAACUACACCGACGGCAGCCCGUACAAGAGGAACCUCGACGAGCUCCUCGCCGGCCUCCCCGCGGCCGCCGGGGGCAAUGGCUGGUUCUACAACGGCACGGCUGGGGGGCCGGGGACGGCCGACCAGGUCUUCGGCCUCAUCAUGUGCUACGCCGACCGCAACGCGACGCAGUGCCGGGAGUGCCUGGCCGGCGCUCCACUGGGGAUCACCACGGCGUGCCCGGGGAGCCGGAGCGUGCGCGCGGCCUACGACGCCUGCGUGCUCCGCUACUCGCCGCCGCCCUCCUUCUUCUCCACCGCCGACCUCGACGUCAAUUUCUUCGUGCGCGCCAUCGCCUUCGCCGUUGACCCCGACAAGAUGCUCAACGCGUGGCUCACGCUCAUGACCGACCUCACGGGGCGCGCCGCGGGCUCGCCGUCGCGGGUGGCGAACGCGACCACGCCGUACGACGGCGACCCGGCGAGGCUGGUGCACGGGCUGGCGCAGUGCACCAGGGAUCUCAACGCCACCGAGUGCACCAGGUGCCUUGUCUCGGUGGUCGGCCAGCUCCGGAGGCGUUUCACGAACGAGACCGGCGGCGCAAUCAAGGCGUUCAGCUGCUACGUCAGGUACGAGCUUGGUGCUUUCGGCAUCACCCUCCCGCCUGAACCGCCGUCCUCUCCACAGCCGGGAGGAUCAUCGUCUUCCUCAAGAACAGCGCUGGCGGUCGGCCUCUCUGUCGGUUCUGCAGCGCUGUUGGUCAUUCUGGGCUCCCUGAUCUGCCUCUCUCUACGGCAGCGACGGAGGAAGCGACAGCAGGAAAGGGAGCAGCAGCUGGAAGAGGGCAGCUUCUUCGACGGCGACGACCCGGCCAUGGAAGACGACUUCGAGAAAGGGACCGGGCCCAAGCGGUUUCGCUACAGCGAACUCGCCAUCGCCACCGACAACUUCUCCGACGAGAAGAAGCUCGGGGAAGGAGGCUUCGGCUCGGUUUACAGAGGACACCUCAAAGAGAUGAAGCUUGAUGUGGCCAUCAAGAGAGUCUCCAAAGGGUCCAAGCAGGGGAGGAAGGAGUACGCCUCGGAGGUGCGGAUCAUAAGCCGGCUCCGGCACCGGAACCUGGUGCAGCUCAUCGGCUGGUGCCACGGCGGCGGCGAGCUGCUCCUCGUCUACGAGCUGAUGCCCAACGGCAGCCUCGACACGCACCUCUACGGCCGCAACAACGCCGCCGUGCUGCCAUGGCCGGUGAGGCACGAGAUCGUGCUGGGACUGGGCUCUGCCCUCCUCUACCUUCACCAGGAGUGGGAGCAGUGCGUGCUGCACAGGGACAUCAAGCCAAGCAACGUCAUGCUGGACGCCUCAUUCGCCGCCAAGCUCGGCGACUUCGGGCUGGCCAGGCUCGUCGACCAUGGCCGGGGAUCGCACACGACGGUGCUCGCCGGCACCAUGGGGUACAUGGACCCGGAAUGCAUGAUCACCGGCAAGACCAACGCCGAGUCAGACGUCUACAGCCUCGGCGUCGUCCUCCUUGAGAUCGCCUGCGGCAGGCGCCCCCUGGUUAUUAUUGCUGAGCACGAGGACGACACGAUGCACCUGACUCAGUGGGUCUGGGACUGGUACGGCAGGGGAAGGAUAGUCGACGCCGCCGACGAGCGGCUGCAGGGGGAAUUCGACGGCAAGGAGAUGGAGUGCGUGAUGGUCGUCGGGCUCUGGUGCGCCCACCCGGAUCGGAGCCUGAGGCCGACGAUCAGGCAGGCCGUCAACGCGCUGCGGUUCGAGGCGGCGCUGCCCGGCCUCCCGUCGAGGAUGCCGGUGGCGACCUUCAUGCCGCAGGUCGGCACUUUCACCACAUCUUCGGCUGCCACAGGCGGCAGCAGCAGCACUGGCACGUCUUCAGUUGCAACGGGCGUCGGCAGCAGCAGCACUGGCACUUCUUCAGUUGCAACGGGCGUCAGCAGCAGCAGCGCCGGCACCACCCUAACAGCAAGCUCGACCGAGACAUCCUCCCUGCUGAAAUGAGGAGCAGAUCAACAUGUUCUUUUGCAUCAGAUGAUUUUGACAAUUUUGUACAGGUGCAUCGUAGAUUCAUAGUGAUACAGAAUUACCCCUUCGUAAUAUAAGACCUCCAGCAAUGCAAAUGUGCUUAGAUGAGGUGCUAAGCAUAUUAAAUGUCUUAGCAACUCAAAUCCACAAUGCAAAGGUGCUAAGCUUUUGGGUGCUAAUCUUCGUACAUUUAAUUCUUUGUAGACUCAGAAUUGUGCUUCUAUCUAGGUACACGUGAUUAGCACCGUUUCUUUCUAGGGUCACCAUACUACUCUCUCUUCUUAACUAGCAUGCCACAUCAUAUUUUUUGC